GCAUGUUGUAACUUCCUCUUCUUUCUGACUUGAUGAGGCGUGUGUGCAUGAGAAGUUUUGCUGUGAAGUGUUUGAAAUGGAGAACUUGAGUGAAUGACAGCGUAUUUUCUUAUUUAUAUGAAUCAUAGACUAAAUUCAACCAUCAAAUGAAAGUAAGGAGCCUGUGACGUGAUCCUGAGAAAAACGGACUACAGGAGUGGUUGGAAAGUUAACCAUAACUAUGCUUAAGCCUUUUAACAUCCUAAAGCAGUUUGGAGGUGUGGGGAAGUCACAAGAUGCAACUGACCUCCUCUCUGAAGAUUUGGUUUUGGUGGAGCAGCGUGUGGAGCCGGCCAAGAAAGCGGCUCAGGUCAUUCAUAAAAAGCUGACCAGCUGUCUACAGAGUCAGCAAGGUCUGGAUACAGAAAAACGCAUGAAAAAGCUUCCCCUCAUGAUGCUGUCUGUCAGUAUGGCUGAAAGCUUUAAAGAUUUUGAUGCAGAAUCUUCUAUUAGGAAAGUUCUGGAAAUGUGCUGCUUCAUGCAAAAUUUUCUGGCACAAACUUUGGCAGACUUUGAGAUGAAGCUGGAAAAAGAUGUUCUGGAGCCUCUAAAUAAACUGAGUGAGGAUGACCUGCCAGAAAUUUUGAAGAACAAGAAACAGUUCGCCAAAUUUACGACAGACUGGAACAAUGCACGCACCAAGUCCCAGACUAGUACAGGUCCUCAGGCCAAGCAAGAUGGACUAAGAGAGGAAGUGGAAGAAGCCUGGAGGAAACUGGAGGCAAUCAAGGAUCAGUAUUCAGCAGAUCUUUACCAUUUUGCCACUAAAGAAGAUGAGUAUGCUAACUACUUCAUUCGUCUUUUAGAGCUCCAAGCUGAAUAUCACAGAGUCUCUCAUGAAUUCUUGGCCAAAAAUAUCACUGAGAUCAAGGAAAGUCAGAGCCAAACAGAGUGCCAGGUGGGUGUUUCAGCUGGAAAGGUCUACGGGACGUCUUUGUGCUCUCAUCUGGAGUCCUGUGGUCAAGAGAUUGCUCUGCCCAUUCGGGAAUGUGUUAACAUGCUGCUGCGUACAGGACUCAGAGAAGAGGGUUUGUUCAGGCUGGCAGCAGCUGCCUCUGUGGUGAAGAAGCUGAAGAGCAGCCUGGACUCAGGGACAGUGGACCACUCCGAGUUUUACACAGACCCUCAUGCUGUAGCAGGUGCUCUGAAGUCCUACCUGAGAGAGCUGCCAGAACCUCUCAUGACGUCUGAACUGUACAACGACUGGUUCAAAGCAGCGGGAGAGAAAGAAUUAGAGGACAAAUUGGAGCAGUUGCGGGCAAUACUGAAAAAACUUCCUCAAGAGAACUACAACAACCUCCGAUACCUUGUUCAGUUUCUGGCAUGUUUGUCUGAGCACCAGGCUGUGAACAGGAUGACUCCAAGUAAUAUUGCCAUAGUUCUUGGACCUAACCUACUGUGGCCUCGCACUGAGGGCGAGACCUCCUUGCUGGACAUGGCGUCUGCCUCCUCAGUGCAGGUUGUGCAGGUGAUAGAACCGCUGAUUCAGUACUCAAAGAGUCUGUUUCCUGAAGAAGUUGAUUUUGAGAUUCCAGAACUGCCAGAGCUGUCUCCAUCUAUAUCCCAGAGAAGCUUGUCUGACAGUGUCUUUCCAUCCUCUCCACCUGCCUCCUCUCAUGCUUCUGUCUCCAAAACUGACAGCAUAACUUCAUUUGAUGACAUUAAGACAAGCCCAGUGAACCAUGGUGCAACAGUUUGGGAGAGUAACACCAUUCCAGUCAGUCGGAAUUCACAAGCCCAGAAAAGAGAACAAACCCAACCUCAGCCUCAGAAACAGGCCCCUCCUCAGACGAAGGAGCCAAGACCUGCAGAAGGUUGCAGUUCCCCUGAGCCCACACUGAAAAUCACCACUCCAUUCAAACCAAGGAGAUCUUUUAUUCAGGCCAGGCCAAAUAAAGAAGCUGUGUCCAUAAGCUUUAUCAAACCCAAAGCCCCUGUUGCUUCCUUGAGUCAAGCUGGAAUUCCUCCGACACCAGUGCCAAGAAGCUUUCCGUCAGCCCUGCCCACAGUUCCCGAAGCACAAGCACAGCCUGCAGCCAAGGCCCAAGCUCCGCCUGCCCCUCCAGCUUCACUGCCUGAAGGAGGUCCGCAGAGAAAGGCCCCUGGCAGAAGACCCAAUGUCCCUCCUCCACUGCCGCCUCAGCAACUGCCCAAGCAGCUCUCAUCCUCGGCCCAGUAAGUCUGGGUGCAUUCGUCUGCAGAUCUGCAGAGCCAGAAUCACUUUUAGACCUGGGGUUUUACAACAUAAUUUUGGUUUUAUAUUUGUGUCUACUAGCAUUUUGUGUUAGCAUAACACUCAGUCCCACUUACAUCUUAACCAUUCUGACAGAAUUUCAGUUUCUACUCUACUAUUUGUUGGCUUUCUUGGCUUAGAAUUCUAACUAAUGACUUUAACUACAAUCAGUUAGUCAACGCAGCCUCUGUAUGACCUGACACUGCAGGUGUGAAAAGGAGACUGGUUUUCUGGCCCCAGUUUCACUUCACUUUUUGAUUGACUUCCCCUCAGCCAUCCCCUAAUAUUUAUCUGCCACGUAAGUAAUGUGAAUGUAGUUGUCUAAAGAAAGUGUGGCGUUUAGUAUUUUUUAAAUAGAAAAUGUUCACUUUCAAAACCUGGACUCAGGACAGACUGUCACGCUUGCAGUUUGCAUUAAAGUUAGCAUUACUUAGCAUUACAGCUACUAAGUCUUGUUCCUUUAAAAAGAGAAACUGUAAUAAUGACGUAACAUUAUUUAAACAUCAUUACCUGAGACAGUAUUUUUUUUUUUCAAGCAAAUCAAAUGUAACAUGGUGACUAGUGGAGGUAGCAUCCAUCAAAGACCAAAGAUAACUUUACUGGUUGUCAAGAGUAAAAGUGAAAAAUCUCUUGGGCCUGAUUUGUACUUGCUACUCUGAAGGUCUACAUUUUAUAUUGUUGCCUAUUUUAAAUUCUCUUUUGAAAUACCUAAGUACAGUGCUCAACAUAUAAUUACUGAAGUAUUGUUAUUUAUAUUGUAAUUUACUACGAGCACCUACUGAUAUCAGGGGAAGCUAAGCUAACAUUAGUUAGCUAGUUUCAAGAGUUUUUUUUUAGAUUCUUACCCCUGAAGUCAAACUGAUGGCUUUCAAGAUAGAUUUGAAGGGAGUCUCAUGUACUGAGGGGAAAAAUGCAUACCUUGGGGCUGAUCUACAGAUCAAAAAAGUAUUAGUCCAGCCAAAAAUGUCUUUAAAUUGAGUUUACUUUUAAAACUGACCUACUGGCACCUUCAGUUUGUAAAACACAUUUGGUUACCUCCAAUGACUGUGGAAAAAGUGACAUCAUAACGUCUCAAAAGAGAAGCAACCACAGUUUUAGCAUGUCUGCUGGCUGGCUGCAGUAUGAUGUCUGCAUAUCCACCUUAUGUUUUAAAGAAAAAAAAACAGCUCAUUUGCAUCUUAUUUUUCGCUUCUAAACUGUCUUUCCAUCUCUAUUUUAACAGUUAGAUUUCCCUGUGCACAUUUUUAUUUCCCCCCAGAAAUCAGUUUUAAAACAUUAUUCUACUUUUAUCAUAAGAAGUCUAUUGACAGCCUUGGCUGGAGGUGACUGUUUGGAGGACCAGCAUUGCAGAGUUUCUGUUGAUUACUUUGAGCAGCUGAAUUGUAAUUAAACUUACAUGAACUGCACUUUUAUUUAUACAUUACACUUGCUGGACAGUAUGGGUAUUCAGUGUGUCUUUUAGCUUAAUGAGGCCCAGUUCCAUAGCAAUGGCCUCUACAUGGAGCAUAUAUAAUACAAAGUGCAAACUCACCUCAUUUAGUUUCAGCUUUGCAGGUUCUCUGUACAACUUCACCGAUUCAAGGAUUUUUUUUAGCUGUAGUACAGCAGAAUAGUAAUUAUAAUCAUUAAUGUAAAUAGUGAUUUCAGUCAUUUUUUACUGUUGUCUUUAUUUUUUUAUUAGAAACAGUUGAUAUUUUUAUAAGAAUACAUUAGGUCUGUGUGUAGUUCCUGUGCAAAAAGAGCACAUUCGUGUAUAUACAGUAUAGAUGACAUCAUCGAGAAGUCAACUCCUCUGUCAUAGUAAAAAAAAAUAAAUUUAUAUAAACAUCAUAUAAGCUGUUAUAAUCUAAAACUUUGGUGUGUCAAACAAAUAUUGUAAAAAGACCUUCUUAUGACAAAA